AUGGCUACAGCAACUAACCCAGCCCCUAGUUCUUCUUCGGCUCAUCACUCCCCUAGGAGUCCCAAUUCAAGGUGGGCCUCGGCGGGGCAUGGCGGCUCAUCUUCGUGGGCUCAGACUGUCCGUGACUGUGACUCGGAGUAUGUCAUCUCUUCUUCUUCCUCGGCUGCGGCAGCGGCAGCGGCUGUAAACGGCGUGCUUUCUCCACAUUCUUCUUCCUCAUCUGGUGGUGUUGUUGCGGAGGCAAGUGCGAAUUCCUCUUCUUCACCAGCUUCUUCCGAUUCUUCCCCUUUCGAAGCUGCUUCUACGCUGGCAGCUGUAGCUGGUUCUGUGACCUGUCCUUCGAUGGAGAGUGGUGGUGCUGCUUGUGCGGUUGAGACUCCGGCAGAGAGUACUGAGCAUGUUGGGGGAAGCAGCGGCAUCAAUGCUACUAAGAAACCGGCUUGGAACAAGCCUUCAAAUGUUGCUACUGCAGAGAUUAGCGCUGUAAUGGGGGCAGUGUCUUGGCCUGCUCUCUCUGAAUCCACCCGUUCAUCCCCAAAGAAGUCAUCUUCUUCUGAUUCUCUCAAAGCUCUGUCUGAUGGACCAGUCUCUUUGUCACAGGGAGCUGGAGUAGGCUUUUCGUCUACCCAUAAACAAGAUACCAGUAGUAACACCAACCCUAUUUUAGCACCCCACUAUGCCGGCCUUGCCAGGCAGAGGUCUAUGAAGAUUGAUGGUGGCGGUAUGAGCAAUAGUGAUGGAUCAGCUAAUGACAACUUUUCUCAGUCACUAGCAGCAGAAGGUGCAGUGGUGGAACUAGUCUCUAAUAAUUUGGGUAAGUCAAGUGGCUCUGCUGGGGAGUCUUUUGCAAAGGAUAACAUGAAUAGGGAGGCUGGGCACAGUGGAGGAUCACAUGGUGGAAAUGUGCUACAACAGCAGCGGAGUUCAUUUAGAAGAGGCAGUGGUGGUCCACACCCCCGAGGGGAUGUCUCCCAUCAUCAUGGCCGUGGUGGCAGGCGUGAUCGGGAACGUGGGAAUCAGGAUUGGGAUACUCCUCAUCGAAGUUUUGGCAGCAGAGAAGGCAAUAUGCCUCAGCAGAGAGCUGCUUCUAGACCUUUCAUUCGCAGUCCAGUUCCUAGUACACAUUAUAUUACCCCUCCUCCUUUGGCUGUGCGACCCUUCGCUACUCCGAUGGUUUACACUGAAGUGCCUUCUCCUGUAUAUUAUGUUCCAGGGCCUCAUCCAGAUCCUCUCAGGAUGCCUAUGGUUCCAAUGCCGCCUGUGAUUUUUCCUGUGUCAGAUCCUCACUUGCCUAACAAGAUAGUGAAUCAGAUAGAUUAUUAUUUUAGUAAUGAGAAUUUAGUUAAAGAUACCUUCUUGCGCCAGAACAUGGAUGUAGAGGGAUGGGUUUCAAUUCAUUUAAUAGCCGGUUUUAAGAAAGUCAUGCAGCUGACGGACAAUAUUCAACUUAUACUGGAGGCUGUACGAGCGUCAAACGUUGUGGAAGUACAGGAAAACAUGCAUCAAUGGGGAUUGCCUUGGAUCGUGGACCAAAAACUGUCAACUUCCCAGUUGCAAACUUUAGCAACUGACGAUAACUCCACCGCCCCACUGCUUCGAAUCAAUUCGUCCGCCGUGCGUCAAUCCUCCGCAACACCCCUUCAGUUUCUCUCUCGAUCUUUGCCUUCAAAAGGGAAAGUCCCAUUUGCAGUUUUUUCAAAUGGCUUUUCCAAGAUGUACACUGCAUUGCAAAAGAUUCACAAGGACAAGGAUGCUGAACCCACCGAGUUUGAGGAGUCUGUUGCUCAGGCUCUGUUCGACUUGGAAAGUACAAACCAAGAGAUUAAGAGUGACUUGAAAGACCUCUACAUCAACUCUGCCAUGCAAAUUGAUGUUUCUGGAAACAAGAAGGCUGUUGUGAUCCAUGUUCCUUAUCGUCUUAGGAAAGCUUUCCGCAAGAUUCAUCCUAGACUAGUGAGAGAGCUUGAGAAGAAGUUCAGCGGGAAGGAAGUCGUUCUUAUUGCUACCCGAAGAAUAUUGCGGCCACCGAAGAAGGGUUCUGCCGUUCAGAGGCCCCGUACCCGUACCCUUACAGCUGUCCAUGAGGCCAUGCUUGAGGAUAUAGUUUAUCCUGCUGAAAUUGUCGGAAAGCGUGUUAGAUACAGACUUGAUGGAUCAAAGAUAAUGAAGGUUUUAUUGGAUCCCAAAGCAAAGAACGACACUGAAACUAAGCUGGAGACAUUUGCUGGAGUCUACAGAAAGCUUUCAGGGAGAGAUGUUGUCUUCGAAUUUCCGAACACCGAGGCCUGA